CGUUUACAAAACCUUAACAUAGUUAAUGGCCUAAGUCCUACUUUUUUUCUUUUGAUUAAGAUUAUAUUUCUUAAACUUUAAAUUUCUUAGUUUCUGCACCAUUUAGUCUGUGCAGAAGUUAAUUCUGGACUGGGCUGAAGGAAAAGCCAAUCAGGAUGUAGAUUUCAUGUUUGUGUUCCCACUCCGAGAGCUGAACCUGAUUAAAGAAGAUCAGUACAGUCUUCAUACACUUCUGUGUGCUUUCCACCCUGAUCUGGUCCCUAAGAUCUACGAUACAUGCAGAGUUGUGUUCAUCCUUGAUGGACUGGAUGAAAGCAGAAUUCCACUGAACUUUGUGGAGUGUGAGAAAGUGUCUGAUGUAACCAUGACAUCAUCAGUUGAUGUGUUGAUUACAAACCUUCUUAAAGGAGAGCUGCUGCCCUCUGCUCACAUCUGGAUCACCUCCCGUCCAGCAGCAGCCAAUCAGAUUCCUUCUUGAUACAUCAGCCGUGUGACAGAAAUUCAGGGGUUUAAUGAUCCACAGAAGGAGGAGUACUUCAGGAAGAAGAUCAGUGACCAAGACCAAGCCCAGAAAAUCAUGUCCCACAUUAAGACAGCGAGGAGCCUCCGCAUCAUGUGCAACAUUCCCAUCUUCUGCUGGAUCUCAGCCACUGUGCUUCAGCAAAUCCUGACACAGAGUGAUACAGAAAUCCCUAAAACUCUGACUGAAAUGUACUGCCACUUCCUGAUCACUCAGACCAGCAUAAAGAAUGAGAAGUAUGGGGAAAGCUAUGAUAGGGAUCCAGAGAAACUGCUGGAAUCCAACAGAACUGUGCUUCUGAAACUGGCUAAACUGGCUUUUAAACAGCUGAUGAUGUGGAACGUGAUGUUCUAUGAAGAGGACCUGAGAGAGAGCGGUAUUGAUCUCACAGAGGCCUCAGUGUAUUCUGGGAUCUGCACUGAGAUUUUUAGGGAGGAAUGUGUGCUUUAUCAGAGGAAGGUCUACAGCUUUGUUCAUCUGAGCUUUCAGGAGUUCCUGGCUGCUCUCUAUGUGUUUCACUGCUACUUGAUCAAGAACAAUAAGGCACUGGAAGUUUUUAAUCCUUGGUUCAUUAGGUGGACUGAAAAUGUUCCACUGGAUAAGCUCCUGUGUGUAGCAGUGGAUAAAGUCUUAAAGAGCCAGAAUGGACACCUGGAUCUGUUCUUCCGUUUCCUGCUGGGCAUCUCACUGGAGUCCGGUCAGAAGAUCCUACAGGGGCUCCUGAUCCACACAGAGAGCAGCUCAGAGAGCAUCAACAGAACAGUGCAGCACAUCAAAGAAUCAAUGGAAAAUGAAUAUCUUCCUAAUGACAGAUCUGUUAACCUGUCCCUCUGUCUGACUGAAGUAAAAGACCAGCAUUUACCCAGAAAGAUUCAGGAGUUCCUAAAAUCAUAGAAACGCUCAGAAAAUAAACUGUAUAUAGCAGAGUGUUCAGCUCUGUGCUACAUGCUGCAGAUCUCAGAGGAGGUGCUGGAUGAGUUAGACCUGAAGAAACACUGCACAUCAGAGAACAUUUAAAUGAAACUGCUUCCAGCUGUGAACAACUACAGAAAGGCUCUACUAGCUGACUGUAAUCUCACAGUGAAACACUGUGAAACUCAAUGCUCUGCUCUGAAAUCAGAAAACUCCUCCCUGAUAGAGCUGGACCUCAGUAACAAUGACCUGCAGGAUUCAGGAGUGGAGCUGCUCUCUGCUGGACUGAAGAGUUUACACUGUAAACUGCAGAAACUCAGGGUGGAAAAUAGAGGGAAAAUCAGAAUCAAACCAGGACUAAAGAAAUACGGCUGUGAUUUGACACUGGAUCCAAACACAGCACACCCUCGUCUCUCUCUGAGUGAGAAGAACAGGAUGGCGGUGAGGAGAGAGGAGCUGGAGUCAUAUCCUGAUCAUCCAGAGGGGUUUAAUGUGUAUCUGCAGGUUCUGAGUAGAGAGAGUUUUACUGGGCGCUGUUACUGGGAGGCUGAGUGGAGUGGGAGGGGAGGAGCUAAAUUAGUUCUGAGUUAUAAAACCAUCCGCAGGAAAGGAGUGAGUUUUGACCGUCAGUUUGGAUGCAAUAGAAACUCCAUGAGUCUGUUCUGCUCUGAUAAUGAAUACUCUGUUCAUCACAAUCUAAACAUCACUAAACUCCGCCCUCCUCCCUUCGGCUGUAGGAGAGUAGGAGUGUAUGUGGACUGUCCCUCCGGCAUUCUGUCCUUCUACAGCGUCUCCUCUGAUACACACACACACACACUCACACACAUUCUACACCACAUUCACUCAGCCCCUCUAUGCAGGAUUUGUACAUAGAUUUACAUAGAUUAACCUUUCCUGUGUGUGUGUGAGUGUGUGAGUGAAUGUUUGUGUAAGUGUAAGUAUGAGUAAGUAUGUGAUUGUGAGGGUGAGUGAAUGUGAUAGUGUGUAUGGGUGUGUGAGUGGAGUGAUUUUGCAAGUGUGAGUAUGAAUGUAAGUGAGUAAGUGUGAGUGAGUGAUUGAGUUUGAGUAUAAGUGAAAGAUUGUGUGAGUAUGUGUGUGUGUGUGAUUGUGUAAGUGUGAGUAUGUUUGAUUUCCUGAUUGUGAGUUUGAGUAUGAGUAUAAGUGUGUGUAAUUGUGUGAUUGUGUGAGUGUAAGGGCUCUAGACUGACUUUUUGCACUGGUUACACUGCUGUGCCUAAUUUUUUUUCUUAGGUGCACCAGGAAAUUGUUUUAAUUGCAUCGCAUUUAACACUAUGGUUUUAAAAGUUCACUUUUUUAAAAAUCACUGUCCAUAUAGGCAAUUGAAAU